AUGGCGGCGCCCAUGCUGAGGGUUGUGCUGCGUGGAAUACGGAGCUGCCGAACGCUUAGCACUACUGCUGUCCUGUGCAAACGGGGGGUACCUCUGGGGCCAAUGCCCAAUGAAGAUAUAGAUGUCAGCAACUUGGAGGCACUGGAAAAGUACCGCACCUUUACUCGCUACUUCAAAGUGGCAGAAAAAGAAAGAAAGAAACUUCAUUGGUGGCCAACCUACAAGAAACACGUUACUCCAAAGCAAGAUGAAAAGAUAGACAUUGGCCUACCUUAUCCUCGUACACGAUGGGCAAAAAUACUUAAAGAGAGAAAAGCUAUCAGGAGACAGAAUAUGACCAAUGUGGAAUUGGAAAGAGCAUCCCGUCUCAGGACACUGUUGAUUCCACUGGAUGAUGUCAAAGCUGAGUGGGAGAGAACUGGGGGCCCAUACCAUAAGCAGCGCAUAGCAGAAUACUAUGGACUGUACCAAGACUUGUUUGAUCAUGCCACGUUCGUUCCCAGAGUUCUUCUAAGGGUGGAAUAUGACCACAAUGAGGAAUAUGUUAUGCCAGUUUAUCAUGGGAAUGUGGUGACCCCCACAGAGGCUCUUAACCCUCCCAGAGUCAUAUUUGAAGCAGAGGAAGGAUCCUUAUGGACUCUGCUUCUCACUAACUUAGAUGGGCACCUGCGUGACACCAAUAUGGAGUAUGUUCACUGGCUGGUGACAAACAUUCCAGGCAACAAAAUAGAGGCAGGCAAAGAAGCUUGCCAUUACUUCCCACCAUUUCCUGCCAGAGGAACAGGAUACCACCGUUACGUCUUCCUUCUCUUCAAGCAGACUCAGCCAAUUGAUUUCACUGAUGAUAUGCGACCAACGCCAUGUCACAACCUCAAGAUGAGAACCUUCAGGACAUUUGAUUUCUACAAGAAGAAUCAGAGUGACCUGACACCAGCAGGGCUGGCAUUUUUCCAGUGUCAGUGGGACGAUUCUGUCACAUACAUUUUUCAUCAGCUUCUUAACAUGAAGGAGCCAGUGUUUGACUUUGUGCGGCCCCCUGUGUAUCAUCCCCCACAGAAGAAAUUUCCACACCUCCAGCCUCUGAGGUACCUGGACAGGUACAGGGACAGCGAUGAACCAACCUAUGGCAUUUACUGAGAGGUCUGGCACUCGGCUUUGCAAAGGGCCUCUGACAGAGGAGU